UAACGUAAGCUGGAAAUAAGUCAACACAUUGCAAGUGUAUCUCGAUUACAGCAGUUAAACCUUAGUUUCUUAUUGCUAAAAAUGUCUUAUCGCGAAUUACGUAACUUCACGGAAAUGAUGAGGGUGCUAGGCUAUCCGAGGUUGAUUUCCCUUGCAAAUUUUCGCAUACCGAAUUUUUCUCUGGUUGCGGAGAUUCUGGUCUGGCUAGUGAAACGAUUCGAUCCGGAUGUUGAUAUACCCACACACAGCGAUCAUGAUACUGAAGACCAACGUGUGAUGUUGAUACGAAGUGUCGCUGAAUUUAUGGCAUUAAAAACAAAUAUAAGGUUGAACACGAAAAAAUUGUAUCAAGCCGAUGGUUACGCUGUGAAGGAAAUGUUAAAAAUGACGACGCUUUUGUAUGAUGCGCAAAAUAGCAGUAAUGCCGAGCAAAGUCGACCCAACAGUAAACAGCAUACGGUGAAUUUUGACAUAUCCGUUGAAAUCAAUGAACUAAAGUCAGCGCGUCAGCUUGCCAGUCAAUUGACCAUCAAUGGAGCGACUCUUUUUGAUUUGCUUGGUCGUGAAGUGGAGCUUCGAGAGAUUCGCAAUAUUAAGGUUGCUAGGCAAUUUGACACUUCAGAAAUUGAGGACGCUUUAAAAGACGUUAUCAAGAGCACACAUAAAGAAAUCGACGAAACGAAAAAGCAGAUUGAUAAUGUCAAGGAUACAGAACAAAACUUGGAUACGAGAAUCGAGAGACGGCGAACGGAACUCGAUAGGAAUCAAAAAAGACUUUACACGUUAAAAAAAGUUCGUCCAGCAUUUAUGGAAGAGUUCGAGAAACUUGAAGUUGAACUGAGAGCUCUAUAUAACGAUUAUUUACAGAAAUUCCGAUAUUUAGCAUACUUGGAAUACUUAUAUGAAGAUGCGUCUAAGGCAGAGCAAGAAAGAUUUGAAAGACGGCAAACUGCAACCAAGAAGCAGUUGGAGCAAAUGAGAGCCGAAGAUUCAAACUUUGAAAGUAUGAUGGAAGGAAACGAUUCUAUAUUUGCUACGAAUCUUCAAGAGCCUUUGGUUACUCCUCUUACAAAUUCCGAAAACGCAGCAGCAGAAAAAUCUGGCCAGUCUACCAAUGUCAAACCAAGCACCGCAAGAGCGUCAAAGAUGCAAUAUUCUCAGCGGCGUAUUUAUGGUAGCAUGUCUGGACGGCGAAAGGGUACGAUUCAAGAAUCAAAUGAUAGCGAUGGUUCGUUAGAUAGCGAUAGCGACUUACUGAUUGAUGGCGACCUCGACGACGAUGACGACGAUGAGGAUCUUUUGAAUUCUGUGGGUGCGACGGACAUUAACGGCUUUAAUCUCAAGGCAAAUCAAGAAAAACGAUCUGUCAGUAAAAUAGACAGACAUUCGGACGAUGACUUUUAAUUUAUCUAAUGUCUGGAUCAU